UGUCAGAUUACCCAUUUCCGGGUUUGAUUCGAUACACCUCCACGUGUGUCACAUAAUUUUACUACAGAGAUGUCAACAGUCCCUUCAAUCCUGCAUGGAGACGAGGAUGAGGAGUUCACGGCCUUCGUGGCUCUGCACGCCGGAGCUCUGCAGUCCGCAGGAAUUCCCCAAAUCUACUGGAGGAGCCUGCUGCACAAAAUCACCAACGAGGUUUAUGAUGCUGGAGAAGUUUUCGGAAUCAUGCAGUUCCGACAAGAAGAAGCAGAAGAAGAGGAGGAUGAGGAGGGCGGGAUUAACGGAGAGAAUGAGGAGAAGAAGGACAAUCCCGGAGCUGAGAUCCGCUGUAAAGUGGUUGUGACCCGGCAGAGUGGCCUGCAGGUGUCUGAGCCCACCAGUGUUUUCCUCGUGGAUCACGCCUGGACGUACCGCGUGGAUAGCGCCCGUCAGCAGCUGGAGCAGAUCCCUGGCUUGCUGCCCAGAAUGGCCUCCCUCAUGGGGGUGGAUUUCCACGGCGAGGCCCCUGACCCGGACACGGUGGAGCUGGUGAUGGAGCGCAUGUGGAAAUACAACCAGACGUAUCACAUCUCUCAGGGGUCUGCAGAGGAGAAGGUCCCAGUGUGGUAUGUCAUGGACGAGUUCGGCUCUCAGGUGCAGCACUCGGACCGGCCUACCUGUGGCCUCGCUCCUUUCUUCUACGUUCAGGGUCAGCUGGCUUAUUCUGUGCUGUGGCCUCUGCAGGACCUGCAGGAAGGAGAUGAGGUGACUCGUGAUUACACAUACGGAGAGACCGACCCCUUGGUGAGGCGAUGCCGUCUGUUACCAUGGAUACCUGCAGAUCUGGAACACGUCAGCAGUGCCACCAGCGAGCCUGCGGACUCAUACUACGAGACGAUUCAUUUGGAGAACAAGGAGAAGUUUCCUGCAGAGAUCCAGCCCUGCAGUUUGCUUGAAGACAAAAUCCUGAAGGUUUACUCUGAAAUUUCUCAGGUCACCAACAACCUGACGCACCCUCGCUUCCAGCUGACGGAGGACGAGGAGGAGGCCGACGUCAUCUGGAGCUACAGUCACAUCAAAGACUUCAGGAAGCUGAGCGAGGAGCGUCCUCAUGUGAUGCUGAACCAGUUUCCCUGUGAGAACCUCGUCACCGUCAAGGACUGCCUGUCCGCUGUGGCCCGCAGAGUUAAAGGAGGGCCGUCGCCUGAUUGGCUACCGGAGACCUUCAACCUCCACACGGAGCUGCCACAGUUCAUAAAGCACUACACGCUGAGACAAGAGAGAGGGGAGGACAACCACUGGAUCUGUAAGCCCUGGAACUUGGCGCGAGGACUGGACACACACAUCACGAACAACCUGGACUACAUAAUCCGACAAAGAGAGAGCACACCAAAGGUAGUGUGUAAGUACCUUGAAGACCCGGUGCUGUUCCACAGGGAGGAGGUGGGGAUGGUGAAGUUUGACAUUCGCUACAUGCUGAUGCUUCGCUCUCUGGAGCCUCUGAGACUCUACGCCUACAACGUCUUCUGGCUGCGCUUCGCUAACAGAACUUUCUCCUUGGACCACUUGGAUGAUUACCAGAAACAUUUCACCGUCAUGAACUAUGCAGAGGGUGUGGAGCUUAAACAGGUGCACUACGAUGAGUUCAUCCCCAUGUUUGAAAAGCAGUACCCACUUCAUCCCUGGAAGGAGGUGGAGGCGGAGCUGUUUAAAGCUUUCAAGGAGCUCUUCCAGGCGGCCUCUUCACGGCCCGCUCCGUAUGGCAUCUGUCCCUACCCAUCAUCCAGAGCCAUUUACGCCAUUGACCUCAUGUUGAACUGGAGUACGGGGCCAAACGGUGAGCAGGUUAUGCAGCCUCAGAUCCUGGAGUUGAACUUCAGCCCAGACUGCACCCGGGCGUGUCUAUACCACCCGUCCUUCUACAACGACAUGUUCCAGACGCUGUUCCUGGAUCAGCCCGAGCACUGCCCGGUCACACCGAUCGUAUGAUCCCUUCAACAGCUUCUGCUUUUGUCUUUCUUCUGGACUCUUCUAUCUCACUGAACACUUUGUUUCUGCUUCAACAUGUUUGCUUCUGUGGCUAAGUAUUUCAAAAGUUCUUUUCACACAUUGCUACACAAAUGCUUUGAGUCCAGGUGCACAAAUGGCUGACGAAGCAACACAGUCCAACACUGUGAUGACAGUCUUUGCUUUUAUAUAAACACCACCUGUGUUUCAACGUAUUCACCCUAUCAACAGAAGAGGGGAGAAGAAGCAGGUGGAGAGACAAGAGAGUGAAGCAGCUUCAUUACGUGCACAGAGCGCAGUGUUUGCAGGCUGGUCUCAGGUUAUAGAAUCACACAGUUCCGCUAACCACUGACUUCACACAGAAACUUCUCAAGGCGGCUGGCAGGAAAACAUUUGAACUUUGUGAAAAUGUUGACGUAUGUGUUAACAGGUGUGGCUCCCUGAGAAAAUGUUCAGACUUAGUUUUUUUUCUUAUGAAAGCAUGAAAAAUCUGAGUGGGCUGCACGUGUUUCACCUCGACGUUAUCAGGGGGGGAAGAGACUGCCAGCCCAUCUGGUAAGGGUUUUAUAAAGAGAGCAGCUGUCAUCACAGCUUAAGACGCUGUCUCUUCAACCGCUUUAAUCGUAUUUAUUGCAAACAUCAGAAUUCCGUAGCAUCCUUUUACAUCAUGUCCUACCUGCUGAGAGUCCCCUCUUCCUCUAAUAGGUAGAAUCUCCACUGUGAGGGACUUUUGUCAAAGGGAAAGUCCUGAAAAGUGUCUGGAAGUUGUUAGGAAUGUGUGAAAAGGGUUAAAAAUCACAAACCAAACCCAAACACAACUGUAUGGAUGAAAAGAAAUAAAAACAUGUUGGAUAAA